AUGGGCGCAGGUGCCCAGCCAGUAGGAGCCAACGUGAGCUUCACUCUCAAUGACAGUAAUCCAGAGAGUGCCCCUUGGGCCAGCGUCCAGGAAGAGUUAGGGGAGCUGCAUUUUCAGGUGGAGAGAGUGGAUUUUCUCUCCACAGUGGAGACUGCAUUUUCGCUGGAGAGGAGUGAAGGUCUCCAGUUUGAAUCCAGAGUCUGGAGAAGAUCUGAAAGCCUUGGCUGGCCCGAUGCUGCUGCUGCUGCUGGAGGCGGCAGGUGUGGGUCUGGGACAUCUGGGGUGGCUCAUUAUGUCCCUUUCCCUGCCCAGGUGCUGGUUGCCGAGGAGAACGUGGACUUCCGCAUCCACGUGGAGAACCAGACGCGGGCUCGGGACGAUGUGAGCCGUAAGCAGCUGCGGCUGUACCAGCUCUACAGCCGGACCAGUGGGAAACACAUCCAGGUCCUGGGCCGCAGGAUCAGUGCCCGCGGCGAGGAUGGGGACAAGUAUGCCCAGCUCCUAGUGGAGACAGACACCUUCGGUAGUCAAGUCCGGAUCAAGGGCAAGGAGACGGAAUUCUACCUGUGCAUGAACCGCAAAGGCAAGCUGGUGGGGAAGCCCGAUGGCACCAGCAAGGAGUGUGUGUUCAUCGAGAAGGUUCUGGAGAACAACUACACGGCCCUGAUGUCGGCGAAGUACUCCGGCUGGUACGUGGGCUUCACCAAGAAGGGGCGGCCGCGGAAAGGUCCCAAGACCCGGGAGAACCAGCAGGACGUGCAUUUCAUGAAGCGCUACCCCAAGGGGCAGCCGGAGCUUCAGAAGCCCUUCAAGUACACGACGGUGACCAAGAGGUCCCGUCGGAUCCGGCCCACACACCCCGCCUAGGCCACCCCGCCGCGGCCCCUCAGGUCGCCCUGGCCACACUCACACUCCCAGAGAACUGCAUCAGAGGAAUAUUUUUACAUGAAAAAUAAGGAAGAAGCUCUAUUUUUGUACAUUGUGUUUAAAAGAAGACAAAAACUGAACCAAAACUCUUGGGGGGAGGGGUGAUAAGGAUUUUAUUGUUGACUUGAAACCCCCCGAUGACAAAAGACUCAUGCAAAGGGACUGUAGUCAACCCACAGGUGCUUGUCUCUCUCUAGGAACAGACAACUCUAAACUCGUCCCCAGAGGAGGACUUGAAUGAGGAAACUGACACUUCGAGAAACCAAAGUCCUUUUUCCCAAAGGUUC